UCAGCCAACAAACAGGUUAACAUAGAAACCGACGAAGAAGAAGCUGCGUGUCAGAGGUCAGAGUUCAACUCGCUGAAAACAUGGUUGAGCACGGGGAUAUCCGCGUGGUUCACCGAGGAGGCAGUAAAAUAAACUUCAGGGAGCCUGUCAUAACCAAUGAUUCAAGGUUCCUGUUGUGCGCCUCAGGAGAGUGUGUGAAGGUGUUCAGCACCUCCACUGAGGAGUGUAUCCACGACCUGCGGGGACACACCGACCUGGUGACAGGUGUUCUGCUCAAACCCUCCAACCACCUGCAGGUCUACUCUUGCUCAGCAGAUGGCACUGUCAGACUUUGGGACUUCACAGAUGGCAUCCUCAUUAAGACUUACGUUAUUGGAUGCCCAAUCUACUCCAUCUAUGCAUCAGCAAACCAUGAAGGAGUCAUCUUUAUUGUUACUUCCACAAGUGACAAAAGAUCAGAGUUGUUCCAGCUGGUUGCCGUACAUCUGCCGCAGAGUGGAGAUCAGCUGGUGGAGGCCCGAGAGCUUUCUGCCGUGCUCGGGGACGUCAGCUCCAACCCAGCGGCCACUGACUUCGGCAGAGGGGGGGAAUAUAUCGCUUCAGCUGCAGGUUCACAGCUGCAGGUUUACUUCUUCAAGAAGCAGAAAGCAUACAGGUUUUCCCUCAAAGAAGACAACAAGAAGGGUGGAAAGAACACAUUCACGUGUAUCUCCUGUCACCCAAAAGAUGACUGCAUUGCCACUGGACAUGAAGACGGCAAAAUUCGCUUGUGGAGAAACUUUAACCAGAAGAAGGAGUACACGUACUCCACCCUGCACUGGCACCACAACGCUGUCAGCUCGCUCUGCUUCACCCCAGAAGGUACAAACCUGCUGAGUGGAGGCAUCGAGUCUGUGCUCGUCCAGUGGAGAUACAACCAAGAGAGCCAGCGGGACUUCCUGCCCCGUCUGGGCGCCGCCAUCACACACAUCGCCGUCUCUCCUGAUGGAGCGCUGUACUGUACCUCCCACAGUGACAACAAGAUCACGCUCAUCCAGAGCUGUGUCAAAGUGUCAGCUGUUAUUCAGGGUCUGGUCAAAGGAGACAGUGUGAGGACCGAGCUGAUGGUGGACCCUCGCAGUAAAUCUCUGGUGCUGAAUGGGAAACCAGGUCACCUCCAGUUUUACUCCCUCCAAAGAGACAAGCUGCUCUACAAUCUGGACAUCGUGCAGCAGGAGUACAUCCAUGAGUCAGGUCUGCAGCAGUUUGAGGUGGUCAAGGCGGCCUUUGAUGGCUCCGGCAGCUGUCUGGCUACAGUGGAAGAAAGAAAACAGAAGGUCUCUGAGCUGGAGCUGAACCUGAAGCUUUGGGCAUUUGAUGAACAAACACAGAGUUUUGUGCUGAACACAACCAUCUCGGCCCCCCAUGAUGACCGGAUAACAGCCAUGUGCUUCAGCCACACCACAGACAGCCAGACCACCAUGCUGGUCUCCACCAGCAAAGACGGACACUUCAAAGCCUGGCAGCUUGCUGGACCGGCCCACACAGAAGCAGAUGAAGGGCCGUCCUGGUCGUGUGAUUUUGUCGGAGCCUAUCACAGCCUGGUGCCCGAGUGCUGUUGUUUCUCAGCCGACGGCUCACUGUUGGCCGUCAGCUUUCAGGAGGUAGUGACCGUGUGGAGCUCGACCUCAUGGGAGCUCCUCACAACUCUGUCCCAGCCUCCAGGAGCCAUCAGGAAUCUUUGUUUUGGGCGACUAAGCUGCUCCAAAUAUCUGCUGGGAACCACGGCCAACAACCUGCUCUGCUGCUGGAACCUCCUCACCUGCUCACUGGAGUGGAGCACCUCGAUGGAUGUCAGCCUGCUGCUGGCUGACCAGCUCUCUGAGAACAUGGCGGCCUUCUGCGGUCAGGCUGGAAACACAGACUUGUUUGUGUUUAAGCCCAGUGAGCCUCGUCCGCUGUUUUCCCAGAAGGCUGUGUGCUCUGGGAAGGUGACUCGCGCUGUCUUUGCCCCGAGGGAGGAGAUGCUAGAGAGCUGUGAGGAGAGCAGCCAGUGGCUCAACAGAUCCCAGCUUUACUUCAUCACUCAGUACAUGGAUCUGAUGACGUUCACCACCAAGGCUGAGGAGGACAGACUGAUGGCGUCCAGCAAACAGCUUGUGAUUGAUGACAGCGUCGCCAUGACACCAUUCUACCUGUUGCUGGGAAAACACAGGCAACAGGAAAACGAGGACACACCCAGCAGCCUGUCUGCAGAGAGAACAGCUCUACCACAGGGAUCAGCUGCUAUCAGAGAGCUUCUGCAGACACCGGCCCACGUCUUGCCCUCCACCUCUUUCCUCUGCUCCAUGUUUGUACGGUCUCUGCUCAUCUCUGUUAAAGACACAAGAGAGGAAAACAAACAGGCCGAAGAGGAAAUGGAGAGUGAGAAAGAGGAAGAGGAUUCAGAGGAGGAAAUGGAGUCCAGCAUCUCGAAACCUAAGGAGUCAGUGGGAGUCAAUGCUGCAGAGUCUGCAGCCCCCCCUCUGACUAAAGCUCAGCUCAGAGAACUGAGGAGGGUGAAAAAACUGGACCACAGCUGGCUCUCAGGCCUGCUGGACCCCUGAACAUGACUGUGCACAAAGACAGACGCUCACUGACGCAGUGCUGAGAGGAAGUGUUCAUCAUGUCUAGAUUUUUUUUCUUUUGUAUGUUUGUUUUAUUGUUUUACACCAUUAAAAAGAAAAUAUGUAGAAAUGUAAACAAAUAUCUGUCCAAAUACAACGCGGACCUUUUCAAAGUCUAGUUUUCUUGGAAAAUAAAACAUUUCCUGUGUUACAGAUUUGUUGCAAACUGCAGAGAGUUUUCCUCUGAGAUUUCUCUAAAUCAUCCUCCAGUCCUGGAGCCUCUACCUCCACAUUUGCAACAAGCUGAAAAACGCUCUUUUGGAUAUAAUUUUCUUUAUUUCUUCUUUAGACCAACCACAAAUCAAUGAUUAACUUGCUGCUCAAACACAAGCAUGCUGCUCUUUGUGACGUGUGUGAGCAGAGUGUUUGAAUACUGUAGGUACAGGGGAGUCUAGAAACAUCAGCAAAAAAAGAAGCCUGUAAACUUAUUCAAUGCUGCAAGAAGUUUACUCAAUCACAACAUUUCAACCUGCUGCUGCCAAGUGAUGUCUAUCACCUAACAAAGACCAGCAAGUCAAAAUAUGGAGAUUUAAUAAACUACUUGCAGCAGUGAGGAAGUGCCUUUUGUUUUUCAGCUCCAAAAAUCCCUCCUGUUAAAAGUCUCUUACUUUUUAUCUACCAAACCUUCAAGCUUCUGCAGCAUUGAAGCAUCCCCAUAAUGCUUUGCAGCAGAUUUCAUGCAGAUCACUGAGGUGUUUUUUUUCCUAGAAGUUUUUGGUUUAGAUAUUUACUUCUAACAGUUUAAGGGCUUGUUUAAAAAGACUCUGUGUUCAGGCUGUGUCUCUGUUUUCCACUAAGCUUGGUCAAAUUUGUGUUUUUACUUUGACCACUUUAGCCUGAUAACCAAACAACUUCCUUACAAGGUGGGAAACACUUUUUGAAACUGUGUGUACAUCCCCCUUGGUAUCCAAAAAGUGAAUUUGUUUGUAAACAUUUUAUCCGCAGUUUUAUAAAGUUUUUUCUUGUGAAAUAAGAGGAACCAGUCAACAUCUUUUGAACUAUUCCCUGGGGUUUCAGUACCUAUAGAUUUAAAAUUAUGCUGAAUGAAGUAAAGUUGAAUCUUUAACACACCUUCAUCUAAUAUGCCAUUAUAAAACCUGCAUGAUUAUAAAUGAGCUUUAAACAAAGUUUAAAAAAAGCUGCAGGGGUUUAAAUUUACACAAUAGUUUUUUAAAGUCAGUUUUUUGCUGUGUACCAUUGUACAAAGAAAUUGGGGGCAUGAUCCAAACAUUUUAUUUAUUCUGUUUCCCUGUUAUCAGAAGUUAAUUUCAGUCUCUUUCUUGUGAUCUUUUCUUUAACAUCAGAUAAUCAUAACUUAAAUCAUCACAGCUGCAAAACAGAACAGAAAUAGUCUUAUUAAUGGGAGCUAUGGCAGCAUGGCAUGUUGUCUGAUAUCACAGUGAGCAUUCUGUUUAUCCCCUUGAAUUAUCCCACUAUUACAAGAUCACAAGAAAACGCAUUGUGUUCUCAAGAUAGAGAUUAAAUUGAUAUGUUGUAAGAGGAAAAGCAGCUUUUUCAUCCUGAGAUGAUGAGAAAAUGAAAUUUAGACCUCAAGAAAGAAACUGAAAUUAACUUAUCACGUUAAAACCAGCGUUUUUAUCUGGAGAUGAUGAGAUGAAAAGCUGAUAUGUUGAGAAAACAAUGGAAAGAGUCGUUAUGAAGGGAUUAAUGCGUAAUGUAUGGAUGGAUGUCAGCUUAGGGCUUGAACUCUAAAAGUCCAGUGGUAUGUAAUGUGAACUUUCUGUAUGCAUCUUCCUGUGCAGUUACACAUUUUUAUUUUAGUACUCUUUUUAAAUUCUAAUAAAAAGAUGUCUGCCUUUCUUAAA